UCAACCCUCCCCUGUGUUGCCAGCACCAAAAAAAAACCACAUUUCAAGCUGCAAAAACACACCCUGAGAAAUCUCUGCUGGUGUGAAACUGUCCUUGGGUGCAAGACUUACUGAUGUGUGUCCUUGUGACUGUUAUUAUUUCUCUUUUUAAAGCCUGAAAUGGAUGAUUCAGAGUACAUGUAUGAGCUCUUCUCUGUUAUUAUACACAAAGGUGGCUGCUAUGGAGGACACUAUCAUGUUUAUAUCAGAGAUGUGGAUGAAUUAGGAAACUGGCAACUACAGGAAGAAGAGGAAAAGCUGAUUGAAGAUAAGGCUGGAAGAGAUGCUGAAAAUUCCAAAGAAACUGAGAAUCCACUGGCAGUCCUAAAAGGGAUUUUAGCAGAGGUAUGGUAUGUAAGGGGCUUAUUGCUUGGAUUUUGAGCCUGGAAGGGUUUUGUGUGUGUGAGAGUGGGCAGGUUUGAGUGUCCAGAGCUCCUCUGAAUUCACUGGGAAGCAAGU